ACAUCAUUUUAUUUUCAUUCGUUAUUUAUGUCAGUUCAUUUUAUGAUUAUUAAUGCGUCUUUGCGUCAAAUUGUUUUGUAUAGUUAGCAUCAUCUCUAUUGUUUAUUUUUGUAAAGGAGUUAGUACAAAUCUGUGUACUGAAGUGCAUGUAUGAACUGUGGAAAUGUUAGAUUUGUCACUUCUCCAUCUUCUUACUGCUAUAGAUUGGUAAGCUCUUUUAGAAUGAUUUGUCCUAUGUUUUGGUUUGGUGAUUAAGAGACAAAUAAAAUGAACUCUUGUGGAGAUGAUCUUUUAGAUUUGGAUUUUGAUCCUGAUGUUUUAAUACAACUUUUAGGUAAAUUAAGUUUAGAAAACAUUCCAAGUGAUAUCUCGGACACUUUAUCUUCCCUGGAGAAUCGGACUGAUGAAAAUGAAUGCAAAAAUGGUGCUAAUGCACAAAACUGCAUCUUUAGUUUAAAUGGAGAAAACUGUCAAAUUGAAUCUGUUUCGAAAAAACAAGAUAGUGAUGUGUUACAAGGUGCUACUGCCUCUCCAAAUUUACAUGAGGACGAUAAAAGUAAUUUUUUACCUGUCCUUGGCUUAGUAUCUGAUAUUUCUGAAGCUUUAUGUGAACACAAAAGAACUGAAUCGUUACUUCAGUGCACAGCAUCUGAUAAUCUUAAUAGUUUACCAAAUAAUUUAGAACACAAAGAAAAUCAAAAUUCAUCAUCUGACUUGUCUGAUGAUUGUUCAGCUGCAGUUCAGCAGCAAAAUAAAAUUAAAAAGGACUUAAAAACGUCAAGUUAUGAAGUAGAUGAUUAUAAGCAAAAUGUACCUCCAUGGUUUUCUUUAGAUUCUGUAGCUAGUAAAUCAUUCAGCUAUUAUCCUUUGUUUAGAGAGCAAGGAAAAGUUUUUGAUAUUCAGUUGGGUGAUAUUAAUAAUAUUAAAUCUGAAUUGGACAAGUUACCAUUUCUUACCUCUGAUAAUUAUCAGAAGUCCACACAUAGUGAUGUUGCUUUUAAUCAAGAAUGUGACAGCAAUGACUCUUCUUAUGAUUCUUUAAUCCUUCCAAAGCAGAAUUUUGAAUCUGCAAGUAAAUCACCUACCAGUCUAGACAGUGGUUACGACACAUCUAGUACUAUAUCUCCUUCUCCUCCUCUUCUUGUAAAUACUAAAACCUCUGACUCACCUGAGCAUUUUGAUGAAACUUCUGAUGAGGAACUAGAAAAUAUCGUUGCUACUAUAGUUGAAGUUGAAAAUUCUUUAUUGCUUUUAGAAGCUUCUCCUAGUAGUGCAAAUGUUCCUGUGCUUAAAGAUGCAAAAAAUGAGGAAGAUCACAAGGAAAGACUUUUAAAUUUUCUCAAGGAACCUGCUUCAGUGGAUUCAGUACAAGUAUCUGUUAUUGUGUCCAGUGAUGAAAAUUCUAGUCCUUUAGGGACUUUUGAAGAAAGCUUUCAUCGGAAAGUUGCAAGUGCUUUAAAUUUAAAUACUACCAAAAGAUCUCCACAUUCAUCUAGGAAAUCUCCACUGAAAGCUAAAGAUAGGAUAUUAGGUUAUGAACUUAAGUAUGUUUCAAAAAAUGAUAACGGGCAUCUAGUUGUUUUUACGAAAGGAAAACAUUUUGAACGAAAUAAGAUUCUAAAACAGAUUCAAGAUGAUGAAAGAAGAAAUCAGAAGAAAAUAAAAUUCAUACAAAUUAUCGACAAAAGGAUUAAACGAACGGCAACUGAUGAUCGGGAAAACAACAAGAAGAGGCGGAGACUUCUCUCAAAUAAAGAAGAAAUUCAACUCAAGGAUGUAUGUUUGAAAUGUGAACAUUAAAAUUUUAUUAUCACCCUGAGAAAUAAAUUGGCUUUUUAUAUUGAUUUUCAUCUGUGGAAUAAAUUUUAAGAACAUGGAAUUCACAAGAUGCACGAUUUCCUUUAUUUAUUUCAUUUUGGAAGGAUUUCCUGAAAGGCCUUCCAGAGUUAUCUACUUAAGUUUGCUGUUGUUUAUUCCACUGUGAUUGUGAUUUUGCAUUUUAUCAUUAGCAAAUUUGUUUACAGGGUGCAAAUUUCAUAUACAUGCUGAAAAGAAAAGCUGUCACAUUUCAUCUUUUUUGUUCAAAUAUGAAGAUCUCAUUACAGUAUUAGAAAAUUAUUUCAAGUAUUUGUUAUGAGUUUGUGUUAUUGAUGCGAAUGCAUUUGAACUUAUAUAUAUAUUCAUUUGUGACUUUUUUAUGUUGUUGCCAUUAUUCCAAAGCAUAUAAUUAUAUUUAAACUGAAAAAGUUUUGUUCCAAAUCUCUUAAAAACAAAGUUUUUUUCAGUUAGUAAAUUCCCUGUUAUGUGAUGGGGGGGGGGAGGAGAUGUGAACACAAAUUUAUCAUUCAGCAUUUUAUUUGUUUGUUUGAUUUGUUUUUUAAGCUGUUUUCUUUGUAUGAAUUUUUGAUGCCUGUAAGUGUUAAUUGUUGAACAAUGAUGAACAUAAAAUCAGUGUAACCUGAUGUGAACCACAUGUACAAAAUUAUCAUAUUUCAAUAAAAUACAAAUAUUUAAAUUAAUAGUUAUCAUUGUUUUUACCUCAGAUAAUUGAACAGUUAAAGAUUAGAAGUUUUUAAAGAAUAAUCAAAAAAGGUGUAUAUAAGGGAAUGUUUUUUGCUAUGAAUUCAUGUUGUUGUUUUGCUAUUCAAUUUAUGAGCUUUCAUUUAAUUUUGGUUUAUUAAAAACUAAUUUAAUAUCUCUGAAAAAGUUGGAGGCAUUGAAAUAUUUAAUGUAUGCAAAAAAAGAAAUUCUAGUGUAUAAAAUAUAAAAAUGAUGUAGCAUAAUGAAUUAACAGAAAUAUUAUAUUUUUUAUUUUUACUCACUCCCCCAAAUUAUCCUAAUCAUAAUCAUUUUAUGCAUUGUAUCCUUUAUAUUUCAUUGUAUAAAGUUGCACUGAACUCAUUCAGUGGUAUUUUGGCAUGGAUUUUGAUCUAUUUGUCGGGAUGUCAAAACCAUUGGUCAUUCACUUCUGUUAGAAAAUAAUUAUAGUUUAAGAAGCCCAGCUUUUUCUUCCUCUCUAAAAAUAAGUAAAAUAUUUAAUCAAUAAAUGGAUAUAAUUUUUUAUCCUGCUAAAGAAUUAAUUAAACGUAUUGCCCCCCCCCCCUUUUUUUUUAACUUUUAUGAUGUUUAGAAGUUAAAAAAUGUUUUGAGUUCAAGUACUUCUUUAAUACCAUAUAUUUCGACAUUCUAUCAAGUUUAGUAUUCCUAAGUUUAUGUGAAAAAAGAUUUGAAAUGAAAUCUUGAUCACCACAAUAUUCAUAAUAGUUUAAACUACUUUUGAAUUGAGCUUCAUAUUUAACUGAUGAUAUUCCUUGAUAGAUAAUGGUUUCCAUCUAUACCCAUUGGAAUUAUUUAAUUAAUUGAAAUUAAUUAUAGUUUUGCCAUUUUGAAAUAUUUUUUAUAAAUAUAUAUAUUUUUUUGAAAUUUUUACCAACCUCAAAUGGAUGAUAUAGCAUAAGUUUUUUAUAGAGAAUCCUUUUAGCUUAUUUUUUCAUAAUAACAAGAAAGAAAGAAAAAAGUCUUUGUGAUUUAAAACAUUUUUUUUAAAUUUCAUAUAAAAAUAUAUUGAACAUAAUUUUAUGUAUAUAUUUUUGUUAGACAAAUUAUCUGACAUAAUAAAGGAUUUUUGUAUACAUAUUUGUUUCCCUGUUAGAAAAUGAAUUGCAAGUGUAUAUAGCCAAAAAAUAAGGGGUUCAACCCUAUCAUGAUUCAAAAGUAUAAGUUUUCUCAAUAAUUAUAAAUUUAUAAUAUCAGAAUUUAAAUCACUAUCUCAUUAUUUCUCACUAUCAGUAGCUCAUUAUUUACUAUUUUAUUUUUGUUAAAGUGACUUUUUAAAAUUAUAAAUAAGGCAUAUUAAUUAUAGAAAUAGUUAUUACUGACAGGAAAAUUCAUGUUAUGAGAGAAUAGUAAGUUGCAUUCUGUGAUAUAAAUAUGAUCAUGACUAUCGUGUUUCAAAUUGCUGUAAUCAUUUGAUGUAUAUGCAUACUUAACUUGAGCUAUUAAAAGUUCAUGAAGGAAAUAUAAUGCAUUUUUUGCUAAUUUUAAUUUAACCAAUUAGUUAUUAAUUAGUCUUUUUUGUAUACAUUUGUUACUUAAAAUAAACAUUUCAAAUUUUUUUCAUUCAUGUUAUGAAAUUGCACAUUUAUAUAUAUACACUCACACACAUAUUUACAAAACCAUGUUUAAAAAAUAUGAUUAUAUUUCGUGGACUUCUAGGAAAAUUCGAAAAAUUCACUUUAAAUUGCAAGCUUAUAUUUUAACACAAUAAUGAAUUAUGCUUCAGACAAAUGAAUAAAAUUACACAAGAUUGGCAGUGCUACAACGAUGAAAUUUUAUUUAAAUAUAUGCAUUAUUUUAUUGAAUUUCUUAUGCUUUGGAAUAAACUGUUUAAAGUCACAAUUCUACUCUCACUGCCGUAGUUGUAAUGUUUAUGCCUAUAAUGGCUACCAAAUAUCUUUGCAUUAAGCUGCCAUUGUAAAAGAAAGUAUGUAAAAGAUAUUUUUAGCACAUGUUAUAUGAAGAAUAUUAAAAUAUUUUAUAUUAUCCUGUUCUUCAGUCUCUUCUCUGUGCUUUGAAAUCAUGUAAAUAUUGACAUGUACAUGCCAAAUAUCAUUAGCCAUACUUUUAUAUCAUGUUGCUUUGUUUGAAAGCAUUCUGAUUGAGGUCUGUUUUAAUAAAACUAUAUUUCUAUAUUA